AGUUGGCUUCCACUUCGUCAAGUUUGAAGAAUAGACGGCCGUAUUUCUGGGUUAAGAUUAACGAGGAGCCGUACAUUCAGAGGUCAUGGAUGCUGGCGAGACUAGUCUACAUGGUAUCGCCUCGGCGCGAAGUGAAGCCUUGAUUGUCCGUCUCACGAUCUGGCCAGCUGAAAUGAGGCUGUUCUCUGGUCUGUCCACCCGUGGAAGGAGGCAUCGGUGAGCUGACACCACAGAUGGUCCAAUCUACGCCGUCCGACUGUCGACUCAACCAUGUUCUCAUUUUUCUUCUGCAGGAUGUAGCCAUACAUGGAGACUUGAUCAAGCUGGCCUCGGAGUAUGGAUUUCUUGUCGACCUGCUCCUGCACACGAGACAUGAAUCUCAUGCUUCUCUCGUAUCGUCGAAGCGGAUUCAAAAAAGCGGCUUUGCGCGAGAAAUUAGAGGUUGGCCAGAGCAUGAGAUAGAUCUCUACUGCUGCCUUGCCUCAAGAGUGGUGUCGGAUGAGCUGUGCAGUAGAAGCGUCGUGUCGACCGUGGUGUGUGCAUAUGAGGACGGGGAUUCUGCCGGUAUGUCUCAGGCCAUGACAUACGAAGCACUAGCUUACUCGGCAGGGGCUCCUGCCGUAGGGAUGUCGUGCCGGGCGCUCUCAGCACAGGCUACAUAUUCGCAAAUCCUGGCGAGCGCGCCCACUCUGGGGCGAUUGCGCUCAAUUGAUGGGGGAGCCAAGACCGCGCAUUCCACGUCAUGCUGCACUGGUCUCGGACGGGCCUGCGGAUGCUUGGGAGGGUUUCCUGGGUCGCCAUACUGCAACAGCCACAGCCGGUCACGGUGGCGACUAUUGUGCUGGGAGCCCCUGUUGUUGCACCCCUCGCAGGAUGCGCACAGGCAAAGGCCGCCCGCAGAGACAAUGGGACGCCUGAGUCGGGAUUAGCCCUGACACGCGUCAGGUCAUCGGGGGUUGAAUUCACGUGACGUAUACGUACGCGCGCCGCGUCAUGAUCGGGAGAAUUUGUCGGUC